AUGUCCUCAAUUGGGGCGAAGGCGAGGGGAAAUAGUGGUAAGAGGGAGACGGAUUUUCACAAGUUGAGAGUAGGAUCGUGGAACAUAGGGUCGCUUAUAGGAAAGUCCAUAGAGUUAGUGAAGAGUCUUAAGAGAAAAAAGAUUAAUAUAGCCUGUGUUCAGGAGACUAGAUGGGUAGGUUCCAAAGCUCGGGAUGUGGACGGAUUUAAAUUAUGGUACUCAAGAGGCUCAAGAGAUAGGAGUAGAAUAGGUAUUCUAGUCGACGCGGAUCUUAGGGAGUGUGUGGUAGAGGUUAAGAGGAUCAGUGAUAGGAUGAUGUUUAUUAAGCUAGUUAUAGGCAGGCUUAUUGUGAACGUUGUUAGUGCAUAUGCACCCUAUGUGGGUCUGGAUGAAGAAGUCAAAAGGCUCUUUUGGAAGGAUUUAGAUAAAGUAGUGAGAGGUAUACCUAGUACCGAAAAGAUGUUCAUUGGUGGAGAUUUCAAUGGUCAUAUCGGUACAACUACUAAUGAUUUUGAUGAUGCCCAUGAGGCUUUGGUUUUGGGAAAGGAAUGGCAGCAGGGUUUCUCUCUUGGAGUUUGCCAAAGCUUUUGUGUUAGUUAUUGCUAA